AUGUCCCAAGAGUUUCAAGCAUUACAGUCUCAAGGCACAUGGAUACUAGUGCCUCCACCAAACAACCAAAAUGUACUUGGAUGUAAGUGGACUUACAAAACCAAGUAUCAUUCAGAUGGCACCCUUGCAAGACACAAAGCGAGAUUAGUAGCAUUGGGAUAUAACCAAGAAUUCAGAAUUGAUUAUGUUGAGACUUUUAGUCCUGUAGCCAAGAUCACAACUGUUCGUGUACUACUAGUUCUGGCUCUUCAUCAUCAUUGGCCAAUACAUCAACUAGAUGUAUCAAACGCUUUUUUGCAUGGGUGGCUCUCAGAAACUGUCUACAUGAAGCAACCAAUUGGAUUCAUUGACUCUCAUUAUCCAACACAUGUUUGUAAACUAAACAAAGCCUUGUAUGGAUUAAAACAGGCUCCACGCCAGUGGUUUGAAAUGCUUACAGGUUUCCUACGUCAGUUGGAAUUCACUGCAAGUCACUCCGAUCCUUCGUUGCUAAUCCAUUGGAAAGGGGACUCAAAAGUAUAUGUUCUAAUAUAUGUAGAUGACAUUAUAGUAACUGGUAGCAAUCCAUCUACCAUCAAUCAUCUACUUGGACAGCUUACUCACAGAUUUAAGAUGAGAACGUUGGGAACUAUAAACCAAUUCCUCGGUAUUACAGUGCUUCCUACACCCACAGGUCUACUACUCCAGCAAACACGGUAUGCUGAAGAAAUUUUGGCACGGGCUGGAAUGAUAAACAGCAAGCCUGUAUCUACACCGAGCAUCAUUAAGACAGUGGUUGAAAGUUCACUUGAGCAGUUUGAAAAUCCAAAGCUGUACCGCCAAAUUGUUGGAGCAUUGCAGUAUUUGACAGUAACACGCCCAGACUUAUCCUAUGCCGUGAAUCGGGCGUGUCAACAAAUGCACCAACCAACUGUUAGUGAUUUUGAAGCACUUAAACGAAUACUACGAUAUCUUCAAGGAACCACACAGCUCGGAUUACCUUUCAAUGGAGAUUCACUAGUGCUUCAAUCCUACGUUGAUUCAGAUCGGGCCGGAGAUCAAAAAGACCGCAAAUCAACUACAGGAUAUUGCAAUUUUUUGGGCACAUCACUCGUGUCAUGGAGUGUUAAAAAGCAAACAACUAUAGCCCGCUCAUCAACGGAAGCUGAAUACCGGGCAAUAGCUUUAGUUACCACUGAAAUUAUAUGA